UCUUGCAUAGUUCCUGGAAUCUGUGCUCCGGGGUGGUCGAUGGAGUUAUGAUUCUCCCUGUGCUGAUGGUGAUGGCGUUCCCAUCUCCGAGCUGGCAAGAUGAUGAACCAAAGCUCAAGAUGGUCCCCUACGAGUGUGUGUGUGAAGGCAUGUCCUGUGGGAACGGGGAUCGGUGCCAAGGGCAGCGCUGCUUUGCCUCUGUGAGCAUUAACGAUGGGGCCAAGGUUUACCAGAAGGGCUGCUUCCAGGUCUAUGAACAACGGAAAAUGACCUGCAAAACACCCCCGUCCCCUGACCAGGCUGUGGAGUGCUGCCAGGGUCACCUGUGCAACAUGAACAUCACAGCACAGCUGCCCUCYUCCAAAGGGCAAACSUUUCAAGGAGAAGCUGCAGGUUACAGCAUGGAGACACUAAUCGUYGUUAUCCUGGCUCCUGUGAUAGUGCUGAUAGUUUUUUCUGCAGUAGCUGUGCUGAUCAUCCGGAGAAUACAGAAAAACCACAUGGAGAGGCUCAAUUCCAGGGAUGCAGAGUACGGCACCAUCGAGGGGCUCAUUGCCUCRAACGUGGGGGACAGCACACUGGCAGAUUUGUUAGACCAUUCCUGCACAUCUGGAAGUGGCUCUGGUCUUCCUUUCCUGGUGCAAAGGACGGUGGCUCGGCAGAUCACGCUGGUGGAGUGUGUAGGAAAGGGCCGUUACGGAGAAGUGUGGAGGGGUCAGUGGCAAGGAGAAAACGUUGCUGUGAAGAUCUUCUCYUCUAGGGAUGAAAAAUCCUGGUUCAGGGAAACCGAGUUGUACAACACUGUCUUGCUGMGGCAUGAGAAUAUUUUAGCUCUGUACGAUUACCUGCAGCUGAGCACGCUGGACACGGUGAGCUGCCUGCGCAUGGUGCUGUCCAUCGCCAGCGGCCUGGCCCACCUGCACAUCGAGAUCUUCGGCACGCAGGGCAAGCCGGCCAUCGCCCACCGCGACCUGAAAAGCAGGAAUAUCCUGGUGAAAAGCAACCGGCAGUGCUGCAUCGCCGACCUGGGCCUUGCUGUGAUGCAUUCCCAAAGCACAAACCAGCUGGAUGUGGGGAACAAUCCCCGAGUGGGCACCAAGCGCUACAUGGCUCCCGAGGUUUUGGAUGAAACCAUCCAGGCAGACUGCUUCGACUCCUACAAACGUGUGGACAUCUGGGCYUUUGGGCUGGUCCUGUGGGAGGUGGCCAGGCGUAUGGUCAGCAAUGGUAUUGUGGAAGAUUACAAACCACCCUUCUAUGACUUGGUGCCGAACGACCCCAGCUUUGAAGACAUGAGGAAAGUGGUCUGUGUGGAUCAGCAGAGGCCCAACAUUCCCAACAGAUGGUUCUCAGACCCGACGUUGACAUCCCUUGCCAAGCUGAUGAAGGAGUGCUGGUACCAGAACCCCUCGGCCAGACUGACAGCCCUGCGCAUCAAAAAGACUCUGACCAAAAUUGACAAUUCCUUGGACAAACUGAAGGCUGACUGUUGACCCUCUGGUGAUGGUGCUGUGUGACAGAGGCGCUGGGCAGAGCCCUGGUCCCCUCUGGGAGCUCUGGGGAGCAGCCAGGGGACCCCGGGACAUGGGGACAGCUCAGCCCAGCCUGGGUGGCACUGAGGACUCAGCUGCAUCUGCUGGGGUGAGCUCGUGGCCUGAAGGAAGACAGAGAAAUCCUAAGACAAGAUCAGGGCAUUAAACAAUGGCUUUGAACAGCUUUUUCUUUUCUUUCUUUUCCCCCCCCCCCUUUUUAUUUUUUUUUCUUUUCUUUUUUUUUCUUUUUUUUUGAAGUUUUAUUUUAAUUCUCCUAAUCACUCCCAGGGUGAACACAUGGAAGUGGUAAAUUUUAAUCAGCAAUAUUGCCUGUGCUUCUCUUCUUUAUUGCACUAGGAAUUCUUUGCAUUCCUUACUUGCACUGUCACUGUUAAUUUUAAUGACAUGACUUGCCAAAAAUAUGAUUGGCUGUAUYCUGCAUUGAUCUAUGCCUGAGUAAUAGGAAAAGAAUUUGGUAAACUGAAAAUAUAACUGUCAGACUUUAGCUGCAUUUUACAUGUGUACUGAUGUUUACAAUAAUGCUGAACAUUAGGAAUUUCUCAUUUAUCCAAAACUUGCAAAUUAUUUAUUACUAGUGCACUUGCCAGUUUUUUAAACUGUAAAAUAAGUGCAUAAAGUUAAAGCUUAUUUUUAUGUGGCCUCUUUCAUGAUUUCUUACACAGAUGUUUUUGUAACACAAUAUAACCUGAAACAUGAAUUGUUUUCUGUAUGAUCAUGUUACAACUUGAUAGUCACAUUUUAAGUGCUUCACAUUUGUAGGUGUGUGGUCUGUACCAUUUUUCAGUUGGAAUAUGGAACGUAUCUAUAGCCAUUUCCCACAGGACCUUGCAUCUGGCAUCUUACUGAUCUGGGAAACGAAAGCAGUGGAGGAGUUAACUAGAAUUUUAGGUCAUGAAUGCUGUGGGGAAAAUGCAUUUUAUUUCUUCUAAGCUAUAUAAUAUGCAUUUAAACUCUGCCAGAAAAAUAACUAUUUUGUUUUAAUCUACUUUUUCUAUUUAGUAGUUAUUUGUAUAAAUUAAAUAGAAUGUUUUCAAGUCAAA